AUGUGCGCUAUCGUCGCAACUGUCGCUAGAGAGGGGGGAGCGCGGACGCCGGCGGAACAGCGACGACAGCUCUACGCUCUUGGAGUGGAAGACGAAAGUCUGCAAUUGAAGCUCAUGCCAGUGUUAUCCGCAGUAGUGCCGGGUGUGGAGCGUGUGCUAGAAAACACCAGCUUUGACUUCGCCCACGUGGUGGACGUGAACUGGAGACUCGACUACGUUCUUCGCUCUAGUAGUGCUGGGAAUGUCCACGAACCGCUGUACUUCGUGCAACUGAAGCUGCAGUCGCCUCGUAGCAGCGGCUCGGGGCUUCAGACUGUGGCGUUCUCAUGCUCAGUGGAAGAGCUACGAUCGCUCGUGUACCGCAUCCAGGAGGUCGCUAAUGAGGUGGAGAAGCUCGCAACUGGGACACCUUCUCAGCUUCGAACGAAUGCUUAA